AUGUUCAAUCCUCGGUUCCUGGUUGUUAGCUUGGGAAAUCCCUUGCCGAAAUACCAGAGUCUUCAUUCUGCUGGUCACUUUGCUAUCAACGGCCUCGCCAACGUUUUACGCCAUCCUUCAUUUGAGGAGACGAAUUUCGGUGGCCAAUCAUGCCUGGUAUCUCAAGGCCCAAAGUAUACUCUAGUUCAAUCACCUACACUUAUGAACAUCUCUGGACACUUUGUUGCUCGUGCUUGGAAAGAAAUGGUCAAUCGACAUGAUCCUUCGUCACUUGCAUUGAUCAUCGUACAUGACGAACUCGAGUUGAAACAGGGGGUUGUUCAACCUAGAGCUUGGGAUCGAAGUCCCAAGGGGCACAAUGGCAUAAAGGACAUCAAGAAACGGCUUUCGCAGGAUAAGUAUCCUUCCUCACCAUUUGUACGAAUCGGUGUCGGUAUUGGAAGACCCCCAAGUGGCGCAAGAGACCCAGACACUAUCAGUCGCUAUGUUCUCGACCGGAUCUCAAACCAGGAGAGGCAGGUUUUCGAGGAGGGCGAAAUACCACGCAAGGUUGCUGAGCACCUAAUACAAGUGGAAAAGGAAUGGGAGGCCCAGCUCGACUGA